AUGUUAUCGAACUGUUUAAGAUAUCGGUCUCUGAGGCUUACCACACAUCUGUUAAGAAAUAAUUCGACAGAAGCUGCGCCUGCGAUAGACCCGGCUGCUGCGCAAGUACCUGAUGGCCAAACAUCCCAGAAAAAUCCUUUGGACCAUCCAGAUUAUUUCCAAGUUCAUAAUUUGUUUACAGUAAAGGAUUUAUUUGAUGCAAGAGUUCACUACGGACAUAAGGAGGGUUCUCUGAAUGACUAUAUGAGGCCUUACUUGUAUGGAUCUAGACUUGGUCACUUAAUAUUUAAUUUAGAUAUAACUGCAGAACACCUAAGGAAAGCCCUGAAUUUUACAGCACACAUUGCCUACAGAGGAGGAAUUAUUUGUUUUUUCAACAGAAAUUCUUUAAAUGCCCACUUGGUGGAAAAGACAGCACUAGAAAGUGGAGAGUAUGCUCAUACAAGAUUCUGGCGUGGAGGUAUUUUCACCAAUGCCAAUCACCAAUUUGGCGCAGUCACUAGACUUCCAGACUUAUGUAUAUUUUUAAAUACUCAAAAUAAUAUUUUGAAUCAACAUACUGCAGUGAGAGACAGUGCAAAAAUGUUGAUACCCACAAUCGGUAUUGUCGACACCAACUGCAAUCCAAACUUGAUCACUUACCCAGUACCAGGAAAUGAUGACACCCCUUCGGCCAUUGAAUUAUAUUGUAAACUAUUUAAAGCAGCAAUAUUCCGAGGUAAAGAGGAGAGGAUGAAAUUUUUACAUCAGAAUAUUUAA